AAAAAAAACCCCCCCAAAAAAAUAAUUCCCCCCCAAAAAAUAAAAAUUAAUCGAGGCCAGCGCGGCGCUCCCAUGGUGCGGGAAGGCGGCAUGGCCCGGACCCCUUACAGCUCCACGCAGGACAUCCAGAUGGACGUCUUGGACAACGCCGCCCUCCAGGGCAAGUACAGCAGGCGCAAGAGCCGCUUCAAGCGCUCGGACGGCAGCACCUCCUCGGACACCACCUCCAACAGCUUCGUGCGGCAGGGCUCGGCCGAGUCCUACACCAGCCGCCCCUCGGACUCGGAUGUGUCGCUGGAGGAGGACAGGGAGGCGCUGCGCAGGGAGGCCGAGCGCCAGGCCAUGGCCCAGCUGGAGAAAGCCAAGACCAAGCCGGUGGCGUUCGCCGUGCGCACCAACGUGGGCUACAACCCCUCGGCCGGGGACGACGUGCCCGUGCAGGGCAUGGCCAUCUGCUUCGAGCCCAAGGACUUCCUGCACAUCAAGGAGAAAUACAACAACGACUGGUGGAUCGGGCGGCUGGUGAAGGAGGGCUGCGAGGUUGGCUUCAUCCCCAGCCCCGUCAAGCUGGAGAACAUGAGGCUGCUGCAGGAGCAGAAGAUGAGGCAGAGCCGCCUGAGCUCCAGCAAAUCGGGUGACAACUCCAGCUCCAGCCUGGGCGAUGUGGUGACAGGGACACGCCGCCCCACGCCCCCCGCCAGCGGUGGCCUGGACAUGGCCAGCUUUGCCUUUGAGGCCGAUGAGUUAGAGGAGGAGGAGGAGGAGGCCCUGGAGGCGCAGCGCUCCCCUAAGAGUAGCGUGAGCAGUGUCACCACCCCCCCCGCCCACAGCAAGCGCAUCCCCUUCUUUAGGAAGACCGAGCACGUGCCCCCGUACGACGUGGUGCCCUCCAUGCGCCCCAUCAUCCUCGUGGGGCCCUCCCUGAAGGGCUACGAGGUGACGGACAUGAUGCAGAAGGCGCUGUUCGACUUCCUGAAGCAUCGCUUCGACGGCCGGAUCUCCAUCACGCGGGUCACAGCCGACAUCUCCCUGGCCAAGCGCUCCGUGCUCAACAACCCCAGCAAGCACACCAUCAUCGAGCGCUCCAGCACCCGCUCCAGCCUGGCCGAGGUGCAGAGCGAGACCGAGCGCAUUUUCGAGCUGGCGCGGACGCUGCAGUUGGUGGCCCUGGACGCCGACACCAUCAACCACCCGGCGCAGCUGGCCAAGACCUCGCUGGCGCCCAUCAUCGUCUACAUCAAAAUCACCUCCCCCAAGGUGCUGCAGAGGUUGGUCAAGUCCAGGGGGAAGUCCCAGGCCAAGCACCUCAACGUGCAGAUGGUGGCCUCGGACAAGCUGGCACAGUGCCCACCUGAGAUGUUCGACAUCGUUCUGGACGAGAACCAGCUGGAGGAGGCGUGCGAGCACCUGGCCGAGUACCUGGAGGCCUACUGGAAGGCCACGCACCCGCCCAGCAGCAACCCCCCGAACCCGCUGCUGAGCCGCACCAUGGCCACGGCCGCGCUGGCCGCCAGCCCCGCGCCCGUCUCCAACCUCCAGGUACAGGUGCUCACCUCCCUGCGCAGGAACCUCAACCUCUGGGGCCGCCAGGCCACCCCCAGCCCCCCCGGAGCCCCCCUGGAGGAGCACGCGCUGUGAGGCGGCGGCAGGGACGCUGGGGACAUCGGGGACAGCGGGGUGCGGGACAGCGGGGACACCCCGGAGGCAUCGGGAGAUCCCUGGGAUUGGGGACAGCCUGGGGAGUGACAGUCCCCCGCAGGUGUGGGGUUGUCCCUGGGGUCACCUGUCCUGGGAUCAAGGUCACCUCAGGGGACUGUGGUCCUCUCCAGGCGUGGGAUUGUCCCUGAGGUCACCUGUCCUGGGAUCGGGGACAGCACAGGGAGUCACAGCCUCCCCAGAGGUGUGGGAUUGUCCCUGGAGUCACCUGGGAUCAGGGUGACUCCAUGGGACUAUGGCCCUUUCCCAGAUGUGGGAUUCUCCCUGGGGUCACCUGUCCUGGGAUCCUAGUCACCUCAGGGGACUGUGGUCCUCUGCAGGUGUGGGAUUGUCCCUGGGGUCACCUGGGAUCAGGGUGACUCCAUGGGACUAUGGCCCUUUCCCAGGUGUGGGAUUGUCCCUGAGGGUCACACGUCCUGGGAUCAAGGUCACUUCAGGAGAAUGUGGGCCCCCACAACUGUGGGAUUGUCCCUGAGGUCACCUGGGAUCAGGGUGACUCCAUGGGACUGUGGCCCUCCCCAGGUGUGGGAUUGUCCCUGGGGUCACCUGUCCUGGGAUCAGGGUCACCUCAGGAGACUGUGGUCCUCCCCAGGUGUGGGAUUGUCCCUGGUUCUGGGAUUAGGGUGACCUCAGGGGAAUGUGACCAUUUCCAGGUGUGGGAUUGUCCCUGAGGUCACCUGUCCUGGGAUCAAGGUCACCUCAGGGAAAUGUGGCCCCCCACAACUGUGGGAUUGUCCCUGGGGUCACCUGUCCUGGGAUCAGGGUGACUCCAUGGGACUCCCAGGUGUGGGGUUGUCCCUGAUCCUGGGAUCAGGGUGACCUCAGGGGACUGUGGCCCUUUCCAGGUGUGGGACCAUCCCUGGGGUCACCUGUCCUGGGAUCAGGGCAAUGUGGCCCCCCACAGCUGUGGGAUUGUCCCUGGGGUCACCUGUCCUGGGGUCAGGCUCUCCACCCUGGCAUUGGGGCCACCCCAGGGUUUAGGGUCACCCCAUGGGACCCCAAGGUGUGGGGUCACCUGCCCUGGGGACCCUGGGAUGUGGCAGCCCAUGGCAUUGGGGUCCCCAUGGGGAAGCAGAGCCCCCCAGGAGUGGGACCAGCCCUGGGAUUGUUCCUUUGGGAACCUGUGCCCACCCAGGGGUACUGCAGGGGCUGUUCUGGGAUUGGGGUCACCCCAGGGAGCUGCUCCCGUUCCUGGAUGGAUUGGGGCCAUCCUGGGCAUCUCUCCCUGCCUGGGAUCGCUGCCAGCCCCACAUCUGGGGUCUGCUGGGAAUCUGUGUCUCCUCCUGGAGCUGCCCAGGGCAUUGGGAUCCCCCAGGAUCUGCCCCUUUCGAGACCCACCCUGUGCCUUCCUGGGGCUGCCAGACCCCAUUCCCACACCUCUGGCUGGGGGUGACAGUUUGGGGGUGUCCUGGGUGGGUUGGCUGGGGGGCACAGCCCCAUCCCAGGGCUGGGGACAGAGAGGGGACAGAGAGGGGACACGUGUCCUGUGUUUUGUGUCGCUAAAUCUCCCAGCGCGCCUGCCUUGCUGGUGCCGCUCCCCCUCCCCAUCCCCAGCCCCGCUGCCACCGUGUCACCCACCAGAGGCUGGCCACGAGCGUGUGUCCCCCCACUAACCCCGCACUAACCCCCGUCCCGUCCGUCCCCGCAUGGUGUGCUCGCUUCUCGCACCCAGGCUCCGCACCCGGAGGGGGAGCACGGCCGCCCCCGGCAGGAGUCGGGGGGCCGCGGGC